GCUUAGCGGCGUUUCGUUCUGAGUUCAAAUUCCGCCGAAGUCGACUUGACCUUUCACCCUUUCGCGGUCGAUGAAAUAAGUACCACUGGGGUCGAUAUAAUCAACUAAACUCCAUUCUAAAAUUUCAGGCCUUGUUUCUAUUAGUAUUUCACAGAUUUAAGUUCUUAGGCCGCUUUAUUUAUGCCAUCGUAACACAAAUUUCACCAAAAUCACUUUGAGUGACAGUCUGUGUACUUUUUUGGCGGAAUGGAUGGCUUUGGUUUGUGGAAGGACAAAUAAUUAACGACGUCAACAUCGAUAAAAUUGACACCAUUACAAUCUGCACGUGAUAACCGAAGCGGAAUUAUUCCACAGAUUUAAAUUCGUGGACCGCUUUAUACCAGCGUUAACUCUGUCUGAGAUCGUUUUACAAGCUUUACCAAAAUCACUUUUGGCAUGAUUAAUGAGUCAACAUUUGGGUGAGUUUCUCAAGUUCUUUUUUUCUAUUGUCCUUCAGUAUAAUGAAGACUGUAUAUGGAUAUUGUAUUUUAUGAAUGUUUCUUGUGUUUCUGUUAUUGAUUUCAUUAUAUUUGUUGCUGAUGGUUUUAUAGGAAUUGCAAUUAUAAUGCAAACAAUAUUUACUCACAUUGUGAAGGCAAGCAAAAUCUAUUUAUAUACUUGUAUCGAAGUACCUGGUUAUCAUUUGAAUUGAAAACAUUGAGAAUACGUUCUUAGACAAACGGUUCAUUGUGAAAUGGAGUUUCUGGGACAUACACAGAAAGCUAGGUAUAUGUUUGGCUCUGGUAAAAAUUCCAAUGGCUCCAGUGCCCUGCCAACAAUUGCACGUCAGAAUUCAACUUUAAGGGUGCAGGAUUUCUAUCCGAAUCCACGAUAUUUUCAGCGUUCAUUAACACAAAUUCCCUGGCAACAACAGCAGAAUGCAUGCAGCCUACCCCAGAAAGCUGAAAGCACACUGUCUAUGAAUAAGAAGGCAAUGUUUUCUUUUGGAAAUACCAACUUGAAUUCCUUCAAACCUGCUCCUGUCCUUCAAUCACCUCCCAUAUCUCUCUAUACAAGUUACACCCCAAAUGAAUGGGAACGCUUUAACCAAAAUAAUUAUUUUACAUCUGAUUAUCUUCGAAGUGGUGCAGAAAAACUGAGGCUUGAUACUGCAAGAAUGUGUAAGGAAGCUGAUGAGAAAACACAACGUACUCAGUCAAAUAGUGGUAAAAGAUUAGGAGAACGCAUCUCUGACAUAGUCUUCUGGAAAAACGAGCUUCUUCAUGAAAUUAGCGACAUCGCUUCUUCUACAUCAGAACUGAAAAAUGCAAAGCGAAUAAUUGAAAAAACUCUGGUAGAAACGGAAAACCCACUGAAUUUGGUGCGAGAAUGUCUUUACAUCAGAGCUCAGAAACGGGGCAUUGAAAUGGUCCGUGAUGAUCCUGAAAAGAAUUUGGUCAAAGAGGUGGAAACCAUUAAAAUAUGUCAGGACAAACUGCGAGGGAUGAUAGAAAAGGUAACAAUACAAUUAAGUCAAAACAAUGCAGCUCAACUUGAACUUGAGAAGGACAGUGGAAAUAAAGUUGUCGCACAAAACCUUGAUGAAAAUGCUUUCCAGCUUCGUAACCUGUCAACUGACAUAUCAUAUCAAAGCGGUGUUGAAAAGAUUAACAUCACGACAUCAGUGCCAAAAACAUGGUGUAUGUUUACCAAUAAUAAUAUCAAGCAAUGUCAAGCAGAGCGUGCCGCUUCUAAACAUCUGUGCAGUGAAAUCAACACGUUGCUUCAAAAAUGCUGCAGUGAUAUGUGGCAACAGUGGAAUGUGACAAAUCAAGCUUUGGCAGACCGAAUUAGAGAAUUGCUAACAACUAAGAAUAAACUGCAAACACAUUUAUCAAAGGUUAUACAAGAAAUAUUUGACAUGAAUAAAAGUAUUGAAUAUCUAAAGAAAUCUAUUCAAGCUAAACAAGCACCAUUACAAGUUGCCCAGACACGGCUUGGUACUCGACUGUUACGACCGAAUGUGGAGUCUUGUUGUGAUCCAGCAUAUGUUUGGUUGGUUGGAGAAGUGGGUGAGAUAACAGAGACAGUGGAAUGUCUUACCAAAAAAUUACACCAUGCUGAAAAUGCUGUGCAAGAUUUACAUUUACUGAAGUCAAAUCUAGAAGUGGACAUUAACAAUAAGUCUCAUUCUUUGUUUAUCGACCGAGAAAAGUGUUUGUCUUUGCGUAAGACAUUUCCCAUGACACCAAUUUGCAGCAUCUACACAACAACCAAACCAAAUAUUCCUAUACAUAGUUAGAAUCUCAGACAGGUCAUAUUUAUCAAUGUUAUAUAUUCUCCCUUUACACCCAAUCUAGUAUGUGCAUAUGUAUAUGUGUUUGUGUGUGUGUGCAUGUGAUGUAUGUGUGUGUGUGUAUAUACAGUAUACAUACACAGUAUACAACAGACACACAUGCUUUUCCUUUAGAGUGAGUGUAAAGAGGGAACAAUUACUGCUAUUUUAAAGUUUGGUUGCCAAGUACUUGAUAAUAUGAAGGAUCUUCUGCCUUUAGUAGUUGGUGAUGGUCAUGGUAAGGAGGUUAGUUGUUGGUUACUUUUUCAGUUUAGUUGAGAUUACUACUACAGUUGUUGCCAAUAUGGUUUUUGUACUAUCAUAUCUUGCAGCACAUGGGUUAGUAUCUUAUUAUUGAUAGAUAUCGUUUUAGGAAAUGAUUAUUAUUUGUGUCUACACUCAGGAACAACCCCUUGUUUUUGAAGGUCAUUUAA